ACUGAUAAUCUUGCAGUGAAUCAGACUGGUGGAGAAGCAGUAGGAUCAGCAGUUUCCUGGUAAACCUUCUCCAAAGAGGAUUUCCAGAUGGCACAAGUCAGGAUCGGGCAUUCGCUCAGUAAAGGGGAAAAUAUAUACCGUUCUGGUAGAAAGCUUUCUGUUCAGAAAUGGCUGGUGAACAACAACAUUCCUUGUUCUUUGAGUAAGGUACCCAACAUCGCUAUACUUGGCUCUGGAGGGGGAGAGCGAGCCAUGGUUGGGAUGCUGGGCUCCCUGUCCCAGAUGGGGGAACAGGGGCUUCUGGACGCUGCCCUCUACAUGAGUGGUGUCUCUGGAUCAACAUGGUGCAUGGCUUCUCUUUAUGAAAAGGCUAAUUGGUCAUCAGACAUGAAGCAGAUAAAGGUUGUUGCGGAAAGACUUGGGCACAGCAGUGUCAGCCUGAAGGACAAAGUUUGGAAACUGAAAAAAUAUCUUCAAACAAAUGACAAUUUCUCACUGACAGAUGUCUGGGCUGCACUGUUAGUGACUACGAUUGUCAAGAAAAUAGACGAAUCGACCCUCUCCAACUACCAAACGUGCCAUGACCAAGAUCCAUACCCCAUCUAUACAGUCAUCGACCAGGAUUGUAAAUACGAACAUCUGCUACGCGAAACCUUCUUUGAGCUAACCCCCCAUGAGGUGGGGUACACUCUAGCUGGAGCCUUUGUGGAAACCUCCAGUUUUGGAAGUAUCUUCAACAAGGGCGUUCUGACAACGCCAAAACCUGAGAUGGACAUGACAUAUCUUCAAGGAAAGAUGGGUUUGGAUGGCUGUACGUUGAAACUCAACUUCAAAGGGAAGAACAGCAUAGACCAAAACAAAGAGAUUCACACAGUCACUUCAGCUUUAUGCCACUCCUUUUUUGAUUGGCACAAGGACUUGAAGGAUUCUGAUUUCGAGGAAGUGGAUGUCUUUGUGAAGACCCUUCACAAAGUAAAUGAGAAGCUACCAGCUCACCCACUUAAAGGUGCCAGCAAUGCCUAUAAUGAAGAACUUUUGAAGAAGUUGAACGACAGUGUCAAAAGAGAGGAGCUGCAGAGCCAUGAUGGGCCAAGGUUAAUUCUCCAGGCGUUAAAACUUUACAAUAACAUCAUCAGAGGAGAGGACGAGACUCAUUUGGUGGAUGAUUUGAAUGACCUUCUCAAAGGGAAGAAGAUGGAGAGCGGUAGAGAUUUGAGGAUCAACAAAGAUGAGUGGGUCAAAACAGAUCUGAAGUCCAGGAAGCAAUUGGCACUUGGACUCCAAUUGGACAUUUGCAAAUCUUUCUUCAGCUGGUUUCCAGACUUGAAGAAUGCUAGGUUUUACAUCUCGGAAUUUGUCGAAUGGAGGCUGAAGUCAAUCUAUGUUUGGGGAGCCAAUUAUAAUUUCCUCCAUCACAUGAACGCUUCAGAUCUUGGCCAAAGGCUUCUGAAGAGGAAAACCACUCACUUUGAGGACGCCGGUUUGCUGGAGAAUUCUCCCUACAUGAGUGCACUGAGAGCUGAGCGAGAAAUAGAUCUGAUCAUCUCCUUUGACUUCAGUGCAGGAAAUCCAAUGGAGACUUUGACGGAAACAGCUAAAGAGUGUAAGAAAUUGGACAUCUCCUUCCCAGCGAUGAACUACACAAAAACGGACAAAGAUUUCUACGUGUUCAAGGGGCUGAAGAAAGCCCCCACUGUGAUCCACAUACCCUUAUUCAACGUUGCAAACUGUGGAAGCGAGUUGGAGGCUUACAGAGACAAGUAUUGCACAUUCCAGGGAGCUUACAGCCCUGAGAUGAUUGAGGAUCUGAUGAAGAAGGCCGGUGAAAACGUAUUAAACAACAAGGAGAAGCUGUUGAGAGAGAUAGCGGCCAUUGUCCAGCAGAAGUGACCAACUUCUGCAGGAAAAAGCUCCAAUGCUUUUGUUGUUUUCUCUAAUUACUUAAAUUGUUAUUCUGGAAAUUGAAAUAUUUUGAAAUAUGCCUCAACAAUGUAAUCAAGAUAGCUACCUAUUGAAUAACGAAACAAUCGUUAUGUCUGUCUACAAUCAUAAACAAUCGUAGAAAGACAUUGAAAAUUGAAAUAAGAGAGUUGUGAUGU